GUGUUGUUCAACUUGUGCAUAUAGUAUUUGAUGUGUUUUUUUUUAAAAACUGAUCAUGGAUUUAAUUGCUUCCUUUAAGUUGAUUCCUGAUUUGAAAAAGUGGUCGUUGUUUACCCGGAAUGUAGACAACGGAUCGGUUUUUGAACAUUCAUCCCGUGAAAUGUUCACACUAUCGGUAAGAGAAAAAAACAAACUUGAAAUUCAAGCCAAUUCAGUACUACCUUCUACCAAAAUGAUCCCCUCUUAAUUCCAUUUCUGUGAAAUGAAAACCUCGCGCAAUCCGGAAAUACGAGGACGAACACGAAGUCGAUCUAAUGAACUAAUUCGUCUUGAUUGUUGCGUUAAAUUUUCGCUUAGUUUUCCAAUCUCUCUAGCAAUAAGUGGCGCAAGGAAACGCAGUAUCCUUGAUUCCACGAAUGAUGACACGUUGACUGAUUAAUCUAACGCAGCGAAGCUAGAGUUUCAUGGAUGAAAUCCAACCCCGAGCUUGUUGGGUGGCUUCCGAAAGUGUAUCCUUAUGCUGGUCGUGAUUAAUCAAGUGUGAUGGCUGUAGUAUUCCAUUACCAAUUUAGCAUGAUCUUUUCAGCACGCUAGUAAGCCUGUCACAGGAUACAGAAGAAAGAUCUUUGACCUGUAAUUUGAAGGGAAUCCCCCUCGGUGAUUCAGCUUAUCUCGCGAAUGACGCAUGAGUCACCCGAAUAUUUAAGGCGGGGCUCUUACCGCAGUGUUUCUUCACUCCCAAGUCAGGCGUAGCAGUUCUUGGUUGCGUGUGCGCGGAAGAUGAUUUUGUUGAAAUUUCGUGAUUGCAAACGUGUUUAUCCCAAAUUUCACGAAAUGUUCGUGUUUAGGAAGAAUCACCAUGAAAAUCUCGGCCAACUUUUGAUCAAAUGUCACUUGCGAGAAUAUGAGUUCUAUUGAAGUUCUCGAAGUUUAUUACAGAAUUUGAGUGAUAUACUGUACUUUGUGUUCUUUGAAAAAUUUUCGCACCACUUGAGAAAUUCUGGAGAUUACCCUUUUUCCGAUGGAAACAUGUCACCGAAAGUUGAUAAUUUUAAUUUGAACCAUCGAAAAAAUUCCAGAAGAAAUUACUGUUUCUUGACCGCGUUGAAGCGCGUAAAUCCCAUUUUUUUGAGUAAAUGAGGCGUGAAAUAAAUGAGUAAACAUGAGUCACCGAAAGUUGAUAAUUUUAAUUCGAACCAUCGAAAAAAUUCCAGAAGAAAUUACUGUAUCUUGACCGCGUUGAAGCACGUAAAUCCGAUUUUUUGAGUAAAUGAGGCGGUUGUGCUGAUAAUGAGCUAGAGUGUUCAUUUUUCGGUGAGAGAUGGAAUCAAGACGUUUUUUUUGUUUUAGUGAAUGAAGUACGCGUAAUUGAAUUUGUAAUUGUAAGGAAUUUCUUCCGCUUAACGAAGAGCGUCGCACUGAGUGAAUGCGUUUUCCGUCGAGACGCAUCUGUGUGGUUCCUUUCCUAUGGUAUGUGUGCAAGUUGGGACUUGAUAUUCAGAGGAGCCUGUUGAUAAACGGCUUUGGAGUGCGUUAGCUCAGCGCGCAGUCAGCAUCACAAGAUGCAGAUCUUCGCUGAAAUACAGUACUGUACUGUACUGUAUCAAUUUACCGUAAGAAACAGCGUGGUGAUUUUUCUUGUACCCCGAACACCGAAAGAAGUUCGCUGGCGAAUCUAGGAACUUGCAUUACCAUAAUUUGCUUCACAUUAGUAAUAUAAAAUACAGUUGUCGCAAUGGAUCUAUCAAAAAGUGUACCGAAUUGUGAAUGGCAAUAUUUUCACAGGCGGUAGGCAUUGCAAUGAUAAAUUGUGCAUGAAAAAUUGCCUAAAUUUUAUUCCGUGUGCAACGAACAUGGGAAAAAAUUAUCAGAAUAACUUCGAAAACUUUUUUUUACAGAUAAAGUAAAAUAUUUCCCCAUGCCUUCACACAUCUGCACUUGACGUCAUUGUCUGUUUUUAUUUCAGGCCGAGAUAUCCUCAGUGAUGAAACAGUGUUCCAUGAGUUAAUGAGAUAAUGUUUUGAAAUUCGGAAUACAGGUGGACGCUGUCCACAACGAAAUUUAUAGGACCAUAAAAAAUCUUCGUAGAGAAACCCCUGUAGCAGAGGGAGAGAACCCAAUGGAAUCACACAAAAAAAAACCGUCCUACCGAGAAAAUUGUUGUGGAGUUCGCCUGUGUUAUUUCUUGAACAAGCAUUUACCAUGUGUGAAUCGGGUUCGUCAUUGAUUCUGAGACCCACGCUCAUGUAUUCGUGAGUCAAAAACUCAGAAUUAGAAGAAUGUCAUCUUGUGGAUGAGUAAAUUUGGUAUAUUUUGAAAUAUGCUUGUUGAUAUACAUUUUCCGAUUUCAGAGGUAUUUUAGUGUUUCGUGCUCGUAUUUUUCGUUCAUGCUAAAGUGCGCUGCAUUGUCAAAGCUGUUCAAGUAGUAACUUCGAAGCGUGCUUAACCGAGAAAUGGCACGAGAAGGGCCGUUUUCCAGUGUUGCGCAGGUCCUGUGCAUAGUGAUUCUAAGUGUAUUACUUUUCGAGGUCAGCGGACUCUCGAAAACUGGGAGGGGACUCCUACCGAGGAGUCCGAGUAGAUCAUUCAACCGUAAAUCCCUGGAUGACUUACUCAAGGCAGAAUUGGAUGAUCUGGAUCGGAAGCUGGAACGGGACUAUGACUUCUCUCGGAGAGAUUCCGCCAACGAGAAGGCCUCUAGGAAAAGAACAGGUUUUGAUGAACGUGAGGCUCUAGAUCCGCGGUACGCACCUGAAACUGUAUCCCGUUUGGAAGAGGAGAUUGAGUUUGCUAGGGCUAAGGAAGAUCUCCUCGAAAAGAAGCUUGUCGAACUGGAAAAUCGUUUAGAAGAGGAAUCAUUGAGCAAAGCGCUUUUGCUCGCGAGAGUUCCGCUUAUGUUUGAAGGUCAGCGAAGUGGUUCGACGCUGAUGGAACUGGUCAGUGAUGAGAAGCCUCUCAUGUCGAAGUCAGAUCGAGAAGGUGAGUUAGAAUCUGUCCCGAAGCAGUUC